AUGGCAUUUUACACCUUCACCUGCGGGGGCAGUAAAAGGACAGAGAUCCGACAUGAGCGGACUAACAGGUCCGCUCUUGAUAGCUCGCUCUUAAGUAGGUGGUCCAAUUGGAUUUAUAUCACCGAGGAGAAGCUCCUGGAAAGUCUUGUUUACCGUCCCGCUCAGGUGCGAUUGUUUAAAAUGUUCUUCGGAUAUCCGGCGGAGAAGCUAGAUGAGCUGCGGGCCAGAUUCUCGGUCAUCCUUGUUAAUAGCCACUUCAGCAUGGGAAGGGUGCGAGCCAAUGUGCCAAACAUCAUUGAGGUGGCAGGCGUGCAUCUGAGCGAGCCCCCAGAGCCUUGUGGUGCGGAACUACAGAAAUAUUUGGACUCAAUGGGCCAGGAUAUUCUGAUGGAAUAUCUGCCGGAAAAUAUGAUGAUGAUGAAACAGAGGGUGAUUUGGAAGAGCGAGCUGUCUAUGCUACCCAACAAAUCGGAAAACGUAUACGUGAUGGAUAAAAUGCCCCAGCGAAUGGUAUUGGCCCAUCCCAAUCUCCGGCUUAUUAUCACCCACGGCGGCUUGCAGAGCGUGAUGGAGGCGAUUGACAACGGAGUUCCCAUGCUGGGACUUCCACUGUUCUUCGACCAGUUCAAUAAUGUACAUCGAGUGCAGUUAGCCGGAAUGGCUAAGGUAUUGGACCCCAACGACUUGAACGCAGACACAUUCAUCGAAACUAUUAACGAGCUUAUUGAAAAUCCUAGCUAUGCUGAGAGAGCUAAAGCAAUGGCAUUGUCUUUCAGGGAUCGGCCAAUGAGUCCUCUGGACACUGCACUCUGGUGGACGGAGUACGCUCUACGGAAUCGGGAUACUUCCUAUAUGCGUCUCAAUGUGGAGGAGAUUCCUCUAAUGCGAUACUACAGACUCGACAGCAUACUAACCUUUGGAGUUCGCCUUGGUUGCGUCUGUGCAUCGCUGAUCUUUCUGGGCUGGAGAUUGUACCAGAAGAAUCGCAAUAGGCACAGAAGACUUCAGGAAAGGGAAAGAGUGCUUGCGCAGAUACAAUUGCGCAUGAGCGAUAAUGAAGUAGUAUCAUAG